GGAUGCUGCAUUCCUGCUUUGCGCACAACUGGUCUCGGGUUCGCCCCCGCGCCUGUGUCAUGGCAUGCUGUUUUCGUCCAGCACUCGAAAGUCCGACUUUGGGCCAAAUGCUGCCCGCCGCCGUCCCUUAUCUCCUCCUUCAUCCAUUCUCUUCCCAACUUUGCGCCCCGCCAGCGGCCUGGUCACGUUCCUUGCUCCUCCACGUCUCGGCUCGUGCAAGGCCUGUCUCGCCCAUGUCUUUCUGCUAGUCUCACGAUGGCCGCGCAUUCCUCGUCCUCCUUCGCGUCUCCGGACGUCCCUGGCGACGCCUGCGUCGUCCUCGUGCUCUUGGAGAGCUCGCCAAACAUGUUCGGCUACUGGACAGAGCUCCAGGGCUAUUACCUGCCCGUGAUACUCGGGGCUCUCCAGAACGGCACCCCCGACACUCCGAUACACGUGUACUGGCAGAUGACUGCAGACCCCGACAACUUUCAGCCGACAUACUCGAACUCCUGCACCCACAUCCCCGACGUGCCCUUCGACUCUGCGCUCCCGCUCUCGCUCGGCGCGCUACGGCGCGCAGUCGAGACCGUGCGCGCUGUUGAGCUAGUUGGACGCGCGACACGCCACCUGCUCAUCAUAGCCGCAAACCCGCCGCACAAUCCCGCACAAUUCUUGCCGAAUGGCAGUCACAGCCCCGAUGCGGCUGGGACGCGGGAGUUCGUGAUGACGACGUUGUACCAGGCCCAGGAGAGAAUUCGCCUGCACAUGGUCCUCGCGGCCAACCCCCGUCUGCAAGCUCUUCGUGAUUUCCAUACCCAGUUGCUGCGUGCACAGAUUAACGCGGAAGUGCCGGCAUGGUUCCAAGUGGACUCACGACAGUUCACGGUGCACCUAUCUGCGAGGCCCACCGCCCCCGAAAGCGGAGCCAGUGGUUCGCUUCCUACGCAUGGCGCAUCGAGCAUUCUUCCCAGGAGUGGGCCGGUCACACCCACGUCCACGUCCACGGUCCUUCCCGUGGCGUCGCACUCGCCGCCGAGCAUGAGCGCACAGGGUCAGCCGGUGACCUCGUCGUCUCCGACCCGUCGCACCACCCGGCACAAGGGCAAGGACGCGAUCGUGCCCACGAUGGACACGCAAGGACCCGGCCUGGUCAAUUACCUGAAGCAGGUGCACGGCCUCACGAAGCGCAAGGGCGUCGGAGGCAAGGCAGCCAAGCGUGCCGCGGCCGGCGAGCCUUCCCGUAGCAGUCGUCCCAUCCUUCCACGCUUGGAACUCCCUGUUGCAGGCUUGUCAGCACCUGUCGGCACCGACAGGUCUCCUACAAAGCCUGCCCAGGCGGCUGCAGCGCCUGCGGGCCCGCCACCUCAGCAAGCAGGAGCAGCGAUGCAGAAUCAAGCGAAUACCAUGGGUGUGCCUGUCGGCCUGAAUAUGACGCCUCCUACUGACAUACGUCGCCUCCCAGGCCGCUCUUGGCCAUGGAUACAACCUGCCAUUCCUAUGACCUCGCCUUCAACUGUGCCCUCUGUCUCCCCAACUGCCAGCGCAGCCUUGCGCAGCCUGGCACGGAUUGCGCCGGGAGUGCCUUCGGGUGCCCAUGGAACGCGACCGAGUAAUCAGGUGUCCGUGCACCACACUUCUACGUUCGGCGACACUCACGUUGGGGACACCCCAAGCCCGGUCGCCUCAAUCUCACAGCAGCAACGCCAAGAGACGUAUGCGUCAUACGGCCUCGGAUCUUCACCAUCACCACCUCAGCAGCUCCAGGGCGCGUCCUCUUCUCCGCCAUAUCAUCCGGCUGUCGCCGCAUCCUACCACUCCACGGAGGGCUCUUCUCCGACUUAUCAGUCCUCGAUCGCUCACGAGGUCUCGCACGCGUCCAUGUACGCGAGCGGAGCCUACUACGGCGCGUAUCCGUACGCGAUCUCGCCGCCCAACAGCGACCACUCGAACCCGUCGCCGCCGCUGCCCUCGCCCGUGGUGACGACGGGCGGCGCGCACGACCCCGAGAACCAGCCGUUCAUCGUCACGCCCGAGUACGAGGCGCUCGCGAACGCACGCUUCGCAGACGCCGUGCUCUCCGGCGCCAUGCACGCGAACAUGACCCCGAGCGCGCUCUCGCCUGGUGCGACGAGCCCCCCUGUGCACGGCCCUGGGGGCUACUUCGCGUCCGCCCCGCCGCCGCCGCCGCACGCCGUGAUGCAGGGGGCACCGCCGCCACCCGCGAUGCCUGUGGGAGAAUAUAUGUACACGCAGCAGGGUGCCGGGCUCGACCGCGACGUGCACUUCUCGUCGAGACCAGGUGGUGGCAUGUCGGAUCCCGCACAUCGCACAAACUACUACUAGGCCAGGCCUUUCUGUUCGCAUCUCUCUCUCUCUUUUUUCUUUCUUUUUCUUGUUCGGCUGCUUCGCUGUUCGUCUCGGCUCAGCUUAUCUCGGCUGUCUUCGUUUGGUGAUAUUUCUACUGUCGUAUAUACCAAGGUCUUAGUCGCUAUCUCACACACUCCGCUAAUGCCAGCUCGCACCCGUAGCGCGUGCUGCCAUCUCAGUUGGACUAUCGUAACAAUCAACUUUAUGUAUUGACGUUCCUGACGGUGCUUCCCGGGAACUUACGCCACCCUUCGGACACGGUCCCCGCCGCCAGCAUUGAAUGGGACCUGGGGAAAUGUGAGU